GCAGAGCGCGGAGCUCCGGCUGUUGGAGGGGAACGGCGGCGGGAGAGGUAGAGCGGGUGCCGGCGGAGGCUGGAGCGGCACGACGGGACAAGUACAAUAGAGACAACAGAAAGGCGCUCUUGGUCCUCUCCCGUAAACACACUCCCCUCCACUGCCACCUCCGGCUCAGCGCGGCGCGCGGUGCUGCCCAAUGCUGGCGGCCGCUCGGACUGCUAUGUAACCGCGAGACUGAGGGAGGAAGGGGACUGGGGAGAAGAGGCUCGCCGUGGGAGCCCCUGGGGGGCAAGUUUGCAGCCACUUUUCCACGCGCCCGUCCUUAGUCCUCGCCCGCCCCUUCCUGCAGCCCAGCUGGCCCGGGUGUCUUUCGCCUCUUCGCGUGCCCAGCAGCCGCGGCGAUCAUGGUGACGGUGGAAGAGCUGCGGGAGAUGGAGUGCAGCGUGCUCAAAAGGCUGAUGAACCGCGACGAGAACGGCGGCGGCGGCGCGGGCGCUAGCGGCAGCCACGGUGCCCUGGGGCUGCUGAGCGGCGGCAAGUGCCUGCUGCUGGACUGCAGACCGUUCCUGGCGCACAGCGCGGGCUACAUCCGAGGCUCGGUCAACGUGCGCUGCAACACCAUCGUGCGGCGGCGGGCCAAGGGCUCGGUGAGUCUGGAGCAGAUCCUGCCCGCCGAGGAGGAGGUGCGUGCCCGCCUGCGCUCUGGCCUCUACUCGGCGGUCAUCGUCUACGACGAGCGCAGCCCGCGCGCGGAGAGCCUCCGCGAGGACAGCACCGUAUCGCUGGUAGUGCAGGCUCUGCGCCGAAACGCCGAGCGCACCGACAUCUGUCUGCUCAAAGGUGGCUAUGAAAGGUUCUCCUCUGAGUACCCGGAAUUCUGUUCCAAGACCAAGGCUCUGGCAGCCAUUCCACCGGCUGUGCCCCCCAGCACUUCAGAACCCUUGGACUUGGGCUGCGGUUCCUGUGGAACCCCACUGCAUGACCAGGGAGGUCCUGUGGAGAUCCUCCCCUUCCUCUACCUCGGCAGCGCCUAUCACGCUGCCCGGAGAGACAUGCUGGACGCCCUGGGGAUCACGGCCUUGCUGAAUGUGUCCUCCGACUGCCCCAACCACUUUGAAGGACACUAUCAAUACAAGUGCAUCCCAGUGGAAGACAACCACAAGGCUGACAUCAGCUCCUGGUUCAUGGAAGCCAUCGAGUAUAUCGAUGCGGUGAAGGAGUGUCGCGGGCGGGUGCUGGUGCACUGCCAGGCGGGCAUCUCGCGCUCCGCCACCAUCUGCCUGGCCUACCUGAUGAUGAAGAAGCGGGUGCGGCUCGAAGAGGCCUUCGAAUUCGUCAAGCAGCGGCGGAGCAUCAUCUCGCCCAACUUCAGCUUCAUGGGGCAGCUGCUGCAGUUUGAGUCCCAGGUGCUGGCCACGUCCUGCGCGGUGGAGGCCGCCAGCCCCUCCGGGCCCCUGCGGGAGCGGGGCAAGGCCACCCCCACGCCCACCUCGCAGUUCGUCUUCAGCUUCCCGGUCUCGGUGGGUGUGCACGCGGCCCCCAGCAGCCUGCCCUACCUGCACAGCCCCAUCACCACCUCCCCCAGCUGCUAGAGCCGCUCUCCAGCACCCCGAAACCAGAGUCGGCGGGCGUUCUGCCAGAGUUGGGUGGGCAGAUGUGGGUGGCGGCACGUUGGGACAGACCAGCUGGGGCAGGCGACCCAGCCCCUCCCCCUUCCAUCUCUCCUUGGCUAGCCACCGGCCAGCUAGAAUGGCAAUAAGGACUUUGAAUACUUAACUAAAAACAAACAAAACACUCCAACUUAGAGCAAUAAUGGCUGCCUUUAGUAGGCAGGGAAGACCUUGGUUUGGCUUGUGUGUCAGUUUUACUUUUUCAGAUAGGAAUUUCUUACCUCAUUUUUUUAAGCAGUAAGGCUUGAAGUUAAGAAACCCACAGAUCCUGGCAAAUGUGCCCACCUGGUUUUAUUAAGGGGGGAGGGGGGAGGGACAGGGACAUGAAGAAAACAAAUUUGCCAGAAGUGCCUGGUUCUGCGUGUUUGGUCCUUUUUUGUUCUUGUUGUUGUUAGUUACUGCAUUUUUUUUUUUUAAAGAAA